CGCAGUUUCACGUGUUACGUGUACAAAGAUUGUGUGUGCGAAGCGGACGACGGAGACAAAAUCGCGUUCGCGGGCAACGAUGUGCAGGUAACAUUGCCGCGCGCAUCGGUGCGACAUGCGAUGGUGAAACGGGCAGCAGGAUUGGGGAGCGGCGUGUAUGCAGCUGCGAGGUCUCGGUACGAACGAAGGAAUACGUUCGGCGUGAGGUCGCCGACAAUCGAUGCCAAUGGCCUACGAAGCGUUAUGGCACGAGUACAAGCAGAUGCCCGUUGUGACGCGGGCUUACACCACAGCCUGUGUCAUCACGACCCUUGCUGUGCAAUUAGACUUGGUAUCCCCGUUUCAACUGUAUUUCAAUCCUAUUCUUAUUGUGGAGCAAUACCAGAUAUGGCGAUUAAUAACAACAUUUCUGUUCUUUGGAAAUGUUGGAUUCAAUCUAUUAUUCAAUAUGAUCUUCACAUAUCGAUAUUGUCGUAUGUUGGAGGAAGGAUCCUUCCGCAGGAGAACAGCUGAUUUUGUGAUGAUGUUUAUUUUUGGUGGAUUAUGUAUGAUUACUUUUGCAUUCUUCGUCAAUUUGCUAUUCCUGGGGCAUGCAUUCACAAUAAUGUUGGUGUACGUGUGGUCACGACGAAAUCCUUUUGUCAGGAUGAACUUCUUCGGACUUUUAAACUUCCAAGCUCCGUAUUUACCGUGGGUGCUGUUAGGCUUCUCUGUAUUGCUUGGCAAUACAAUAUGGGUUGAUCUUGUGGGAAUGGCAGUAGGGCAUACUUACUAUUUCGCGGAGGAUGUAUUUCCUCGGAUAAGAGGUGGUUUCCGAAUUCUAAAAACUCCUCAAAUAUUAAAGACUUUGUUUGAUGCAUAUCCUGAGGAUCCAGAUUAUAUGCCACCACCAGAAGACCGGCCAGGCGGCUUCAAUUGGGGACAAGAAGCCAAUGUACAAUAAUCGAAAAAUUCAGCAUUCUCUUCUUAAUGCUGUUUCUUGCGUUAAAUUAUCCGAGAACAUUGCUAUCAUUGUUCCUUUCGAAUUAUGUAUAACAAUUUUUAGUGCCUGGGUUUGUGUGCAAAGAUGUAUAACGAGAAACACGUAAAAGAUAAUAUAUGUAUAGGGUGUAUAAGAGAUCGAGCGAUUUCAUUUCAUUAAAGAUCUUUCGAAAAACAUAAUAAAAGCAUAAGCUAAUAUUUUUUUUAUAAAAAUUCGAUACCUAUAUAAGAUUUUACUUAAAGAUUGCGAUUAAUAAUCUUCAAUAA